UUGCCUAUGUGCUACACCUGAUGUGUUCAUUUUAAAAAAAUCAUUUCGUUUUCAGUUUAAUGGAAAUGUUAUGAUAAGAAUUCUUGAUAAUUCAGUCCAGGACAAGUAGUGUCACAUUUUGACUUUAAACGACAUAAAACAAUGUUGAUGUUCGGGUUCUAGUGCACAAGGAUUCAUACCCACCUGUUCCUUGGAAACCAAAGUGUCCUCUCCCCUCCCCCAUCCUGGAACCACAAGUGUAUAUGGAGGAGCUGGUGGUCAAGGUACCCGGAUCUCCUCGUCCUCCUCGCCAAGGGGCUUCAACCCUGCUGAUUUUUUAGAUCCAUCGGCUGACGAGAAGACCACAAUGCAGAAUUUGAAUAACCGCCUGGCCUCCUACCUAGAGAAGGUGCGCUCACUGGAGAAGGCCAAUGCUGAUCUAGAUCAGAAGAUCAGAGAGUGGUAUGAAAGUCGCCCUGAUGUCACAUUCGACCACACCAUCUUCCUGGAAACCAUCAAGGACCUGAGGAACGAGAUUCAGCUGGCUUCCCAAGACAAUGCCGCAUUAAUCCUGUCUGCAGACAAUGCCAAACUGGCUGCUGAUGACUUCAAGCUAAAGUAUGAGAAUGAGCUGGCCAUGCGUAGGCCCAUUGAAGCUGACACCAGCAAUCUGAGGAAAAUUCUGGAUGACUUUAGCUUGAGUCGGUCGGACCUGGAGAUCAACAUUGAGAAUCUGAAUGAGGAGCUCAUCAUACUGAGGAGAAACCACGAGGAGGAGAUGUCUCUGGCUAGAGGUGAGGCUGGAGGUCAGGUGAAUGUUUGUGUGGAUGCAGCGCCCUCUAUGGACCUGAUGCAGGCCAUGACGGAGAUCAGACAACACUAUGAGACUGUGACUGAGAAAAACCGCAAAGAGCUGGAGUCCUGGUACGAGACCAAGACUGCUACAGUGCAACAGGAGGUGGUCACACAAAAUGAAGAUCUUCAGAACAGCAGAACAGAGCUGAAGGAGUUGACAAACACCUUACAGAGACUACAGAUUGAACUGCAGACCCAACAGAGCAUGAGGUCACACCUUGAUGGUGAACUGGAGGAAACACAGGCUCGUUACGGGGACCAGUUGGCUAGGCUUCAGGUCACUGUCACCAGUCUAGAGGAACAGCUUAGUCAGUUUCAUGCUAACAUUGCCAACAACAAACGAGAGUACGAAACGCUGCUGGAUGUCAAGACCAGACUGGAGCAUGAGAUCGCAGAGUACAGGAGACUGCUGGAUGGAAAUGAGAGGGAGGCCCACAAAGUUGUCACCAAAACGAUCACAGUGGUGGAAACCACUAUGGAUGAGAAGAUUGUGAAGAGCAGCGAGAGUGUGGAUGUUGAUGAGCAAAAUGACUAAUCUGCUCAAAAACACCCAUUACAUGUUUUACCAAUUCCUUCUGUUCAAGACACAGUUACACAGUUAAUGAAGCAACUGAAAAUUUACCUUUGGUAGAUUAAGAACAUGAUUAUCUGAAUUUGAAUUAUUAUUUUUUUCUGUGCAAACUUGUCUGAUUUCUAUUUCUCUGUUUCUCUGUUAAAUGACAAUCACAUAUGCCUGAUGUACUGCAAGCACAAAUUUCAGAAUGUAUCUUCAUCCUUUAAGAAACAAUGCUUUGAUAUUGACUUUUAUUGAGUAAACAGGUUUAACAUGAGACAAAUCACAA